AUGUGAGACACGUGAUUUAUGCUUGAUUUAAUUGUCAAUUGCUUCUUUAUUGUGGAUAUAGUUGUUAAUUUAAUGUGUGCAUACGUUGAUUCUGAAGGAAAGCUAGUUAAAAGUAGGUGGCGCAUUUUUCUGAAAUAUUUUAAAUCGUGAUUAUUGAUUGAUUUAGUAUCGUCAGUCCCAUACAGCCUGCUUCCUAGCGAUGCAACAUCUUCUGGUGGAAAUUAUAACGGCAGUAUGUCUUUAUUGAGGCUGCCUAGGCUAUAUAGAUUAUUCAGAAUCUCCAGAGUGGUAAAGUUAUUGAAAAAGUACAAAAAUAGCGAAUUUAUAGAAAAGCUUCAAGAUUUCUUCAAUUUAAAAACAAACAGAGUCAGACUCUUGACUACUGUUAUUACUUUAGCCAUUUGCAUACAUAUAGCAGCAUGUCUUUGAUAUUUUUCUGCCAAAAUUAAUGGAUUUUAUUAUGAUACCUGGAUAUUUAGAAAUGGAUUAAUGGAUGAAAAUACUGGAACUUUAUACUUGACUUCACUUUAUUGAGCAAUAGCAACCUUAUCAACUGUAGGCUAUGGUGACAUCUAUGCACGGACUAUAUUGGAAAAAAUAUUUGCAAUUAUAUGGAUGAUUUUCACUGUUUAUGUUUUUUCAUUUGUUAUUGGCAGCUUAUCAAAUAUCCCCGUUCAUAGUGAUUCAAAACUUCUCUCUAAUAGCCAACUAUUUUUAUGAAAAAAAAAACUCACUAGUAAAGAAGUUUUAAAUCACUGUUAGCGGGUACAUGCUUUCAGGGGCUGAUUCAAAAGAAAAUGUUCUGAUUAGUAAACUUGCAAUUAUAGAUGAAUUCGCUAAAGAAGCGAACUUGGAAAAAGGCUUAAAACAUAGACUCAGAAUUGCCCUUCGUUACUCUACUGAAAAAACUGGCUUUUCUUGGGCAGACAAACAAAAUAUAUUCAAUGAGCUGCCUAAGAAUUUCCGUUACGAAGUUGCUAUGGCAAUGCAUAGAGGAGCAGCUAAAGAUUUAACCUUUUUUGCAGACAAAGACCAGGUUGUCGUUGCCUCUAUUGUCCCUUUCUUGCAGCCAAUGUUCGCCAAAGGAACUGAGCUGGUUUAUGAUAAAGACGAGUUUUCUGAUGAAAUUUAUUUUGUUGUGAAAGGAAAUAUCAGUUAUGUUUUUGGCAAGGAGAAUAAAAUAAUAAGGUCUACACAAAGAGGAGGAUAUUUUGGGGACAUUGAAGUUGUGAGCAGAAUCACAAGAAAAUAUGCUGCCUUACUCUUCCUGUGUCAACGGGCAAUUAUUAUAGCAAAUAUCUAGCUAAUUUUAUUACAUUUCAAACAGCUUGGAGUCAAAACAUAACUUUAGAAAUUAAAUUAUGCUUUCAUUGAAAAAUUAGAUUUUUAGAAACUUUCUAGAAGAAAAUGAGCUCGCUAAUAGAGGCGGGGAUUUAGCAGUUAGAGAUUCUGAAUUAUUGAUCAUGGGAAAAGCACUAAUAAAUAUAACCAUGGAAGAAUAUCCUCAUAUAUGAGAUGAAAUCGUUCUUGUAGCUGCAGAAAGAGAUAAUAUCAAUCAGAGAACCAUUGCAGAAAUUGAAGUGCUAAACGCCAUGAAAAAAAAAGGAGAGCUAACUUCAAUCAAUAUGGUAAAGUAUAAAAAAGAAGUUGAUAAGUUCAUGACAAGAAUGAAAUACAAAGACUUGAAAAAAAGAGUCAACUUAGACCCCAAGAAGCCUAGUCUGGAAGAUAUAAAUAUUAAUGACCUCAAUGAUAAAAUAGACUCUAUUUUCAAAGGCAUCGAAAUGUUGGAAAAUCAAAUUAAAGAGCUUAUAUCCCCACAUUUUAUAGGUUGAACUAACAGUUUCUAUGUAAAAUAUAAUAAAAACAGUUUUAUGGGUUUUGUCACCAAAAUUAUAUUUUUCCUAUUUUAAGAACGUAGCCAGGAUAUUAUUUCAAAACUCUUAUUACUCAUUUUUCAUGAAAAACUAAGAAUAGAUAAUAUUUUAUACUUAAUCGCCUCCUCUCCGUUAGAGAACAAAACCAUUCGAAAAAUCCCUAUUAUUUGGUUAAAACCUACUAUCCGUGAAUUUUUUAAUAUAAAAAUUUGUUGUGAAAAUAUUUUGAUAUAUAUGUGAUAUUAUUAUAAUGAAAUCUCUAGCUAAUUCUUGUUUAAUUUUAAACAGCUUGCAUUUUAAAUUUAAAUAUUUGCUUUAAAAUUAUUUUGAAUAGAAAUUUUUUGAAAAAAAAUUUACUAUAAAAUUUAUGAUGAAAAAAAAAGUUAACCUCUCUCCUUAAGCAAACAAUAUUUUGUUCGCUCAUGGAGAGGGGAGUUAUAACAUUUCAUAUAUUUUUUUAAAAAAAUAAUUAAAUGUAGCAGAUUUUUUGGGUCUUAAUUGAAGGGGUGAUUUGGCCAAAUGUCAGCAAUAGCAAGAAGUCCAGGCAGAGCAAAAUUACCUCCACUUGUUAAGAAAGGCUCAAAAUCCCCAAAUGUCCGAAGGCUAAGUAAUUCAUUUAGCGUCAUUAGCAGCCUAUCUUUAGUUAGAUCAUCGAGAAGUUGCCUUUAUAUCUAA